GCUUUUACGAGAUGGUCCUUGGAGGGAAAGCGGGAAUGUCGAUUAUGAUGGAAUAGUGUCGAUUAUUUGCCCAGAUACCUCGGUCCCUUUUUGAUUACCACUUUACUGUGCACAGCUUGUGCAGUACCUUUGAGUGUACCAUCUCGCGGAGUCGGAUUUCUCAAACCCCCGUCUUUCCCCGAAUGCCUUCUCCAGGCAAUGAUAUUCCAGCUCUGCGUCAUGGCUUCACUAUUUAGAUGGAUGAUCAGCAAACGAAUGCCCCUCUGAUUCACAUAAUACGGGCGCAAUGAUCAAACUGCAAUCUCACCAUUCCUGGCAAGCAUCUCGGGCCUUGGUAAGAAGACCUGAGACCGUCCCACUCAGCUCAGCUCAGUUGGUCUCGUGCAUUGUCGAAACUGAUCGAUGGUAAGCGACCUGCCAAUUCUGACCAUCUGCUGAAGAGCCGAGACUUCGAGUCCCGACAGACUCCACGACCGACUCCACUUCUUUCAAGCCUCGAGACCCGGUGCAAGUCUGUCCUUUGGGGCAGCCGAGCCCCGGACUCUUCUUGUAGGAAUUGCGGGGCCCCUCGGCUCCCUUCAAGUUCUGCUGCCUACAACGAUGCCCGGGGAAUGAACUAGCAGCAAUUCUAGAAUUGAAGCGACUGCCUGCCUGGGAGUGACAUCCGCGACCUAAUCUCGUAUGGUCAUACAGCUGCUUCCGCCGGCUACGAAAGGCCUGUGUUUGGCACUAUGAUAGUACGGGCAACAUUUGCAACUGUUGGAAUCCUUCCGUGCUUCAGGCCCCUGCACCAGUCCUGACCUCCGAUGUGUUCCGUACCCCAUUCAAGAGUACAAUGUGAGCGGAGCAACUGUCGGCAGAGCGUCGAAAUGGUAAAGCGAAACGGAGGAACUCCAGUUCAGGGGAUUGGGUGGGCUCUCCCUCCGAAAAUGAAAGGUGUUGCAUUGUCGACAUAUGAGAGUAUUGUGAUGGAAUAACAAACCUGGUCAUGAGCGCGUGGAGAAUUGCCCAAGGGACUACUGCUGAAUGUGGGGAAUUGCCGGUUCAAGUGAAGGAGGGCAGCAGCAUGGUAGUAUCAAAAGAACGUCGCCAUGGGUCGAGAGGGGCUGGUAGUAUACUUACGGCCGGGACAGUAGAAGCGAAAUUGCAUGCCUGGCUUGGAACGGCGAGAAGAGACACCUGGGCACAAUACUGCGUCACGGCCAACAGCUACAUACCUUGCCCAAACAGUCUUAUGGACUGUGCUUACCGGGAGUGUUCAUUUGCUAGAACUGGUCAACAAGGAACCCUCGAAGAGCAAAACGUUGAGCUGCUGGGCAUAAAUGGCUGUACAAGGCUGAGACGUGGUGGACCAGUCACCGACACUGUACAGUGACCUGCUGGACGCAUGUGCCAGCACAUCACUUUCGCAACCCGCGGGCAGGUUCACAUGAGCCGACAGAAUAGCCCUAUCAAUGUACAAUCAUUGGCCAGAUUCAGGCCGAAGCAGAACCAGGAAGUUGGUCGGACGGAGUUUGACCAUGCCGUGCUGCCAGUAUAAUCAAUGUAUAUUUGGGUUCUCGAAGGCUGGGCCAGCACAUUCCGUUCAAGUUCAGCACGACAUGGACUGUCUGC